AUGGCGAGUCGGAAGAAGCAGCGCAUCGAGGUCGCGGUCCGCGUUCGACCUUUCUUGCCCCAAGAGGUCGUCAGCACGGGCACAGGCUCGGACGAGACGGCCGUCAUCGAUGACGCCCGCCGCGCGAUCGCCAUCUCGACGCCGCAUGCGACGAGGCGCUUUACGUUCGACCACGUCCUCGGGCCGCAGUGCACGCAAGCGCAAGUGUACGAAACCACAUUGCAGUCGAAGAUCGACCACUUCCUCAACGGCUUCAACUUGACAAUCUUGGGCUACGGUCAAACCGCGAGCGGCAAGACGUACACGAUUGGCAGUAGCGCUAGCGGGAUGCAUAACCCAGCCGCUUGGGGCCUUCUUCCGCGUGUUCUCCGCGACGUCUUUGCCAAGAUUGACGCCGAUGCCGUCGUCGCCCACGUAACCUUCCUGGAAAUCUACGGCGAAGACAUCCACGACCUUCUCUCGCCAUCGCCAUUCUUGCCAAAUGGAGCGCGGCGCGUGCUGACACUCCGCGGCAUCGACACGAUCGACGGCGCGCGCGAGGUGGCGGUCGCGACGCCUGAAGAGGCCAUCGCUCAACUUUCCAAUGGUUGUGCUGGGCGCAUCACUGGCAGCACCGAGAUGAACCACGCCUCGAGCCGAUCCCACGCGGUGUUUUACUUGGUGCUCAAGACCAAAGCCGACCCGCAGUCAAUCAUAUCAAAGCUCACGUUCGUCGACUUGGCCGGUAGCGAGCGGCUGGACAAGACAAUGUCCGACGGGCAGCGCAAGAAGGAAGGCAUCCAGAUCAACGGCGGACUGCUCGUGCUCGGCAUGGUCAUCAACGCACUUGCUUGCAAAACACCGUACGUGCCGUACCGCUCGUCCAAGCUCACGCGGCUCCUCCAACACGCGCUUGGCGGAAACAGCCGCACGCUCUUCAUUGCGUGCGUCUCGCCGGCCGCUUCGAACGCGGCCGAGACACUCAACACGCUUGCGUAUGCCAGUCGCGCUCGCAACAUCCAAAAUGAGGCGGUCAAGAACGUCGACCCGUUGGCGGCAAAAACGGCUCAACUGCAAGCCUACAUUGCGAGCCUCGAGCGAGAGCUACACAACGCGCUGUACGGUGCACCGGAAGCGCUGGACACAGCCGCGCAUAUCCACGCGAUGCGGUCCAACGCAGAGUAUCAGCGCUUCUUGGAGAGGCUCCGAGCCGCUACCAAAACGCCGAUCGACUCGGUAGAAAUGGCGUCUUCAGUGCCAAAGGAGCCCGAUCCCGAAACCGAUGCCGACGAGCGGUGUAGCACCGUCGCCACGACAGACGACGGCACCGACGACGAUGACGACGAUAUUGACGACGGCAACGUCCGAUCGAUCCUUUCACGCAUCGAAGACGGUAUCCGGCUUGCAAGCAGUGCACUCGAGCGGCUUUCACUGCACUGCGAGACCGAGCCGGCGAAGGAGAGCGCGAAUGCUCUAUUGUCCGAGCUCACGUUCGCACUGGGACAAUGCGUGCACGUUCAAAACGUUAUGGCCGAGAAGGCGAACGAAGCGCGUGAGGAUGCGGCGAUGCUGCGCGCCGCACAGAGCCAAGUGACCAGCCUCCACCAGCAGCUACAGGAGCAGCGCGACCAAAUGACGGCACUCUUGCAACACGAACGCGACACGAGCCGAAUUCUCGACGACAUCAAGCAGCAGCUGGCGCAAAACCAGCCUGGCGCGCUCAAUGUGGAUCUCACGUCGCAGCAGCUUCAGUUGACCGCGGUCGUGAAGGACUUUCAAGGACAGCUGCACACACUCCUCCAGCGGCCGCUUCUGCUCGACGAUCAUAUCCCUCUCAGCGAGCACGUGGCCUUGAUGCAAUGCGCGACCACCACGCUCGAAGCGCAGCUCGAGUCCGCGCGGUGCCACGUCACGUCGCUAACACACGCACUUGCCGCUGAGAAACAAAGACACGCAGACGUCGCGCAGCAUCUCAAAGAGGUCCACGAGCACGAGAAGCUGGCGAUCCGAAACGAGUACCAGCACGAGUGCACAAGAGCACUCACCAAAUCGUACAAAGCCAGUGCCGAGAGACGCGAAGCCGAGACUGCGUAUCAAGCGCGACUUGCGGCCUUGCAGCGGUACGCAUCCCAGCUCGAGGGUGAGCUGCAAGACGCCGUCGCCGCCAACCAGGGGCAGCUUGAAGACUUUGAGCGGCGCGCAUCCCGGUUCGAGUCCGAGCUUGCGCAGCUGCGUGAGAUCAACCAAGAUCAACGCACAACCCAGCAACGACAUGUGCGUGAGCUCGAGGCCCAGCGUUCUCAGCUGUACGGUGCCAAUACUGCAAAGCAAGCACAGCUUACAGCCCUGCGACGGCGUGUGUCUCAACUUGAGGCGCAGUGCACACAGCUGCAAGAGGCGGAUGUUACCAACCAAGUACAGCUGACGGCUUCGAAGCGCCAUACGUCCCAGCUCGAGACCGAGUGCAAGCAGCUCCGUGAGGCCAACCAAGCGCAACUGACGACAUUGCAACACCGUGCAUCCGAGUUCGAGACCGAGCGUGCGCAGCUCCGUGACAUCAACCGAACACAACUUACGGCUGUUCAGCACCUCGGAGCUCGGCACGAGGCGGAGUGCACGCAGCUCCGUCGCGCCGAUGCUGCUUACAAAGCGCAGCUCACGGCUCUCCAGAGCCGCGUGUCCGAGCUCGAGGUCGCGCACUCUCAGCUGCAGUACGCCCACGCUACCAAACAAGCGCAGCUCACGGCCCAGCAACAGCGUGCAUAUCAGCUAGAGACGGAGCUCACACAGCUCCGUGGUACCAGCCAAGAAGAGCUUUCGGCCCUAAAGCACAGUGUAUCCUUGCUCACAACCAAGCUCCGUACGGCCCUGCAACACCACACAACCGAGCUCGAGGCCAAGCGCGCGCAGCUCCGUGAUGUCGAAGCCGCCAACCAAGCGCAGCUGAUGACCUUACACAUCAGCGUCUCUCAGCUCGCGGCAGAGCGCACGGAGCUUCGUACAGCUCUCGAGCGCAGCGUAUCUCUGAUCGAGGCGGAGCGCGCCCAGCACCGCGACGUCGACGCCGCGAGCCAAGCGCGUCUUGCGGCCCUGCGACGCAACAUCGCCCAGCGUGAAACCGAGUGCAAUCAGCUUCGCGAUGACUUGAGCCUCGCCCGCUGCGAUGUGCGUGCGCUGACCGAAGAGCUCAAUCGCAAUACGCAGCCAACGCCCAACAAGUACGAGCGCCUCGCGAGGACUCUUGGAAUCGAGAUCUCAGAAGUCGACUUGGCCGCGGCCUGUCAACACGACGUCGCCGCUCUCUGCGCACAGAACAGACCAGGCUUUGGCGCUACAGAAGGCCUCUGGCUUGUCGAUGCGGCCAACUCUUCGACCGUGGCUCCUCUUGAACGCACGGCGGCCGCAGCGCUGCCGGCGCGCAGCACCGUGACCGCGCGCGACGUGCUUCGCCUUGGGUGCUCGUACGCGGCGAGAGGCCUCCCAGUCGCCACCAUCAAUGCGAUGCUUGACCGCCUGACCAUCUACCACGAAGUCGAGACGACGAGAACGCUCAACGUCUCGGCGCCGGCGAAUGCACCGUACUUGCAACUGACGGUGCCUGCGCUCGAGCAUCCGGCGAUCACGCGCACCCAGUGCGUGGCACUCGUCGUCGAGUGCGACUCGCACGACCAAGGGUGGGCCACGGAUGCGUCACACCUCAACGGUUCGUACCGAGGUUGCCACAGCUGGGUCGAGCUGCACGUCACGGCGCCGAACGGGACGGUGGUCAUUCCGCGGCGCGACGCCUGCCGCAACCUUCGCGCACGCUCGGCCUUUCGCCGGCACUUGUUGCAUAUCACAGAUACAGGCAUGCUCGCACACCUUGUCGCACCAGGCACGCGCGUCACCGUGUCCUUGCGUGCGCAGUUUCCUGGCUGGUCGAACGAAGCUCGGUUUGCCCGACUCGCUAUAGCGUACAAGGUCGCGUUGUGCGACGACCUCAUGGGACCUUGA